AUACUGCUACUGCUUCUAAAUUCUAUUCUCCUAAGUGUUAAAUGUAGCAUUAGGAUUGUUAACACACAUAUCUAGGCCAUCCAGUGCCAGCCACAUUGUUGGUUUGGGAAGAAACAAGCAGCCUUUGUGUUCCUUCUGUGGGUGGCUUGCAGUGGUCCUCAAUGGCUUCUCUUGUAGUACUGAAACUCUUUCUGGGGUUUAUUUUAUGGCUCUCCACACUCUCUUCUUCCCAAGGGAUAAAAUACUCGUACCCAUACAGGUACCCAUUCAUCAAGAGGGCAAGUUCAUUUUUUUCCUCUACUUCAUUCCCUGCAAAUGGUGGUGAAAAAGCCUAUGACUACAUAAUUGUGGGAGGUGGCACAGCAGGCUGCCCCUUAGCUGCCACACUCUCUCAAAAUUUCAGUGUUUUACUUCUAGAGAGAGGUGGUGUCCCCUUCUCCAAUGCAAACGUUUCCUUUCUGAGGAACUUCCACAUUGCCUUGGCAGACACUUCACCAAGUUCUGCUUCCCAAGCCUUUGUUUCCACAGAUGGUGUCCUUAAUGCCAGAGCAAGAGUUCUUGGUGGUGGCACUUGCAUCAAUGCUGGCUUCUACACCAGAGCAAACCCGGAGUUUAUUGAGAGAGUGGGAUGGGAUGCGAAGCUAGUGAAUGAGUCCUAUCCAUGGGUGGAGAAGCAAAUAGUUCAUCGGCCUAAUCUUUCAGAAUGGCAGAAUGCAUUCAAGGAGGGUCUCUUGGAGGUUGGGGUGUCACCCUACAAUGGAUUCACCUAUGAUCAUAUAUAUGGAACCAAGAUUGGUGGCACCAUUUUUGACAGGUUUGGUCGCCGCCAUACUGCUGCAGAGCUCCUUGCUUAUGCCAACCCCAACAAGCUUACUGUCUUGAUUUAUGCCACUGUUCAAAAAGUUGUGUUCGAUACAAGAGGAAAACAACCAAAUGCUGUAGGAGUGAUAUUCAAAGAUGAAAAUGGGAGGCUGCAUAAAGCUGUUCUAACAGAAAACAAGAGGAGUGAGGUGAUUUUAUCAAGUGGAGCAAUUGGAACUCCUCAAAUGCUAAUGCUCAGCGGUGUUGGACCCAAAGCUGAGCUUGAAAAGAUGAACAUGUCAGUUGUACUUGACAAUGAGUUUGUUGGGAAAGGCAUGGCUGACAAUCCAAUGAACUCUGUUUUUGUUCCAUCUAAUCGUCCGGUCCAGCAAUCACUCAUUCAGACUGUAGGCAUCACAAAGAUGGGUGUGUAUAUUGAAGCUAGCAGUGGAUUUGGGCAGUCCCAAGAUAGCAUUCAGUGUCACCAUGGAAUCCUGUCUGCAGAGAUUGGGCAGCUUUCUACAAUUCCUCCAAGGCAAAGGACACCUGAAACAAUUCAAGCUUACAUCAAACGUAAACGAGACCUACCAUAUGAAGCAUUCAAGGGAGGUUUCAUUUUGGAGAAGAUUGCCAGUCCCCUUUCCACGGGCCAUCUCAGCUUGGCCAAUGCCAACGUUGAUGACAACCCUUCUGUUACCUUCAACUACUUUGGCCAUCCACUUGAUCUGCGGCGCUGCGUUGAUGGGAUUCGUAUGGUUGCAAAGAUCAUACAAUCUGAUCACUUUACAAACUACGCAAAAUGCGACAAGCCAACUCUCGAGAAGCUGCUCAACAUAAGUGUCAAGGCCAAUAUUAACCUCAUACCUAAGCAUACCAAUGACACCAAGUCCCUAGAGCAGUUCUGCAAAGACACUGUGAUCACAAUUUGGCACUACCACGGAGGGUGCCAUGUUGGCAAGGUGGUAGACCCUGACUACAAAGUUCUUGGCAUCCGGAGGCUCCGCGUUGUUGAUGGCUCGAUACUCAAUGAAUCUCCAGGAACUAAUCCUCAAGGCACAAUCUUGAUGAUGGGCAGAUACAUGGGAGUCAAGAUUCUGAGACACAGACUAGGAAAAGCAGCUAAAGUUUAAUAAGUAAAAGUGUAAAGACUGAGAAGUAGCACUUCAAGAGCAGUGUUUGUUUGUAGUACUAGGAAUAGAAUAUUAAUUUAGCAAGUACAAAGGAAAGUUAGCAUUUUAAUUUCAUUUGUUGUAACGUGUACGAAUCAAUGAACUGUACUGUCCUUGUGGAUGUUGGUAAAAAUUAGGAGGAAAAAGGAUGAACAUCUCAGCUGUAGACAUCUCAGCUGUAGCUGUGUGUGUUUGGUGUGUGGUUUUGAUGUUUGGUUUCACAUAAUGAAAGAAUUAAGAUUCA